AUGACGGCUUUGGGCUCACUGCCUAUACGGAGGAGUUGGAGAAACCAAAGCGAUUUGCCAUCACCAGACAUCUCACAGGCGCCUGUGCUGGAGGCUAUCAUGGUCCAUGAACGAGGAGAGGCACAGAGUCUCGAUCAGAAAUGCUCCAAGUGCCGAAAAGGCCACGGGCUUGCAGCGGAAUGCGUUAAGAUCCCCGGGUCCAUAGCGAGGCCGAUGCGGAGCUAUUCCGCCGAACGGAGGUUCAUCUCAGCUACGAUAUCCCAGUCGAUCCCAAAGGAGGACCUCAUCGCUGUCUGGAACCUUAUCGCUGGUGUCAUAGCAACACAGCCGCAAGAGUGCUUCUUGGAAGAUGGAUCAGAGACCCCUGGGAAGAGAAUUGAGGACGCGGCGUGCUUGGUAGCCAGGUCAGCGGACGAGUGGGGGCAUACCGUGAAGGAAGAAGAACCGAGAUCGGUGAAGAAGUCCAAAACACCAGCAGAGAGGAAGAAGCUCGUCACACAGGCACACAGGAUUCGCGAGACGGCGUUACAGAUUGCGAACUGCGCGAAGGAUUGGGGUGAGAAGUUGGAGAGAAAGCGGUCUUCCUCACAACUUCGGAAAUAA